UAUUUAUCCAAUUUUUGAAUUUCGCGCCAAAUCAAAUUUUGAAAUUAUCCAAUGACCUUACAUUUCACUUUCUCUGCGGCGUUCAAGGAAGGAAAAAUUUUUAACUUCCUGGAAUAGAGAUAAUAUGCGAUUGUUAAGUGGUAAGGCAGAGUGAAUCAAUAAGUAAUGUUAACAGGAAGUCCGCUGGAUGCAGACGAUCGUGUUUAUUCGGAGCCUUUCAGCCAUCUCCCACCAUCUGUUCAAAAAGCAAUAAAUGACAGUGAAUUGUUUAACAAGAAUAGGCCUGUUCGCAGCAGCAGAAAUCGAACAGCAUUCAAAGACUCCAGAACCUCAGCUCCUCAUACCGCCGAGGCAAAGCCCACUAAACACGAUCCGUCUGCCUGCCCCUCCCCCGAGCAUGAACCCAGUCCGGAGGGGGAGGGGCCGCUAACACAGUGCUCUAGUUUAGGUGGUGAUGGGUUGUCCCUUGUGUUACCUGAAGAAAAGGUGAGUCUGGGUGAUUAUGUGCUCCCCCCGGACAAAAGAAUGGAACACCUGCAGGGAAUCCCACGAUGCAGUUCUGCGGAGUACACGGAACCCUACGAAACCAGUAAACUGGUUCAUGCGAUCAGAAGAGAAGGUGGAGGAGGAGGAGGAGGUAGUCGAAAGUCUUCUCCCUUAGAGGACAAGCCCAGCGGGUAUUCAUUGGCCCGGUCUGUAGGUCCAGUAAGGACAGAGCCCAGCGUACUACACAGAACCCUCUCAGAACCCUCAGGAGGGACCCCAGAGGACGAUAAUUCGGCUGUGUAUGAUCAUCUUGUGACCUGGAAGUUGAAGGAAUCUGUGUCCCCUCGGUCGCCCACCUCCCCCCGGACUCCGGUUAUACCCCAGUAUGAGGAUCCGUGGGACUCCAGGGGCAAACAAGAGCAGUUCAACCAGAUUUGUGAAAAGGCAGAUCUAGUGUCCAGGAAAAGUCAACCUACAUCUCCGACAAGUCCGAACAAACCAAGCCAAAGGAUGGAUGUUUACGAGGAAGCGUGGGAUUCCAACUUCAAACAAAAACAAUUAGAUGCUAAGCUUAUGGAGGCCCGCCGGGCUAGUGAAUCCAAGCCCAAGGGUAGAUACGAGUAUGAGGAGCCCAUGUCCUCAAUCUCCACCAAAAAAUCCUCUCCAGUGAUGAAUCGUAGCUCCCAGAAUUCCGAGCAAGUGUAUUCUUCUAACUACGAACAGCCUUGGGAUUCGAAGCAGAAGGAGUUAGAGGAGAGAUUUAGUCGUGUGGGGAUGUCAGGGGGACAGGUGCCCCCCGGGAGCCCCCCACCCCCAGACUUUGCCCCACCCCCACCCCCUCAGACGUACGAAGAAGCAUGGGACAUCCGACCACAUUCUAAAAUUAUCUCUCAGGUGUCGUCCACCCCUAAGGCUCCAGAUCACCCACCCCCACGGAGGACCAGCCCCCAACUGUCGCAGAGUAUCCCCCCCUCACAGUCCAAAUCUCUGGCUGAGCCCAUCGACCCUAAGCUUCCGCUGGACAUACAGAAAUUUUACCACGGUGGAAUUACCAGAAAGGUUGCCGAGGACAUGCUUCGUGUUCAUAAAGAAGGCAGUUAUCUGGUGCGGCGCAGCGAGACCCAGAAAAAUGUCUUCUCCUUGUCACUCAAGGGAGUAGGGGGCAUUCCGAUGCACCUGAGAAUAAGCCUAUCCCAGGGGGAGUAUGUACUCGGAGAGAACAGCCAGCCAUUCCCGACUGUUCCAGAAAUGGUGGCAUAUUACACACGACACGAUUUACCAGUCCAGAAUGCGAGUCAUAUUAAACUGCUUCAUCCGAUCGCUCGACCAUAGCAUGACCUUGACCUAGAUAUUUGACAUUGGUGCUUGUAGUUGUAGAGGUCGUCUGAUUCUUUGACGUAUUGUGGGAGUUAGUGUCACUGCAUGGCGUUAUCAGCUCAUCCCUUUCCCUGCCAAAGUGUUCCAUUAUCCUCUUUGUUAGACUUGUUACUGAAUAAGUUUCUUUGUUUUGUAUGUGAUUCAAUUCAUUUUAGAAGAACUCCUGAAAAAAUAUGCAAUGUUUUUAAAUGGACAUAUUUCAGUUUUUUAUAGACUUGUUGAGGAAAACUUUUAACUCAUUUUAUGCAACAAGCUGUGAUCAUCAGUGACUGUAUUUUAUAUGUGUACACCCUAACUUUUAUACCAUUAUUCCUACACUUCCUCUGGAAGAUUGUAGAGUUCAGAAUUCGUUCCUGUAUUAUUGUUCAGUGUGAAUGAAUGUACCUGUGUUUAUCUGGGACCAACAUAGCAAAAUUAUGCAGAGAAUAAAUGAUAGAUCACCAUACUUAAAUGAAGGGGCCAUUAGCCAACAGAGUUUCCGGCCAGCAGAUGUAGUGUUUUCAGUACAACAGGAUGCUAGAGGGAGUUAACAAACUGAACAGUUAAAGUCAAACUGAUGAACAUCAGACUUUUAAACUUUGCUCAUGCAUAAAUCUGUAUAUCACGCUAACCUUAAGGAUGUGCACCAGAAAUAGAGCAAUCAGAAGCAUCUACUUAUAUUUGAUUAUGGAUCUUGCAGAAUUUUUGUAUGAAUUUAACAUCAAACCAAUAAACCUACAUUAAAUUAUUUGGAUAUAUGCAGUAAGCCCAGUCUUUAGUGAUUGAGAUCAGUUUCUGCUGUGUGAUUUUUAAUGUUUAUAAAUGUAUGUAAUUUUUAGUUCGAUUGGGCUAUUCAAUAUGUAUUAUCUCAAUUAUUCAUGAAAAAUACAACAAUACUCAUAUCAUGCAUAUUCUGCCAUUUCAAUGUCACCUGGCAAUUGGAGAGGAUGAUGGGAGUUUUGUGUGUAGAGGAUGCUGGGAUACCAUCUCUGAGUGUUCUCACUUAUCAUUUCUUCUGUUAAGUUAAACAAAUGAUGAUUACGUGACCCAGAGUUUGACAUCAUCACUAAUUUUGCAAUCAGCUAGAAGGGUAUUUUCAGCUUUGUUUAAGAAUCUGAUUGUGUAUCAUUCAGUGAUUUUAUUCUUAACUUGUUAAAGAGUUUUGUCAGGAAAGCCUGAGUUACGUUUCCUUCGUCAGGUUUUUAUUAUUCAUGCAUGUGAUUAGUCAGGCCUUGGCUGUACUUCCUGUUAAGUGUCAAAUACUCUCUUGUUGAUAAACCCAAAUGUUUAAAAUGAGCUUUAAGUUGAUUCUGAUGAAUUUUUUUUUUGCCAAACAUGGUCAUUUUACUCAUGAAGUGUAUUUAUUCAAGUGGAAAUAAACAUAAAACUUGA